AUGCCUGGAGGAUCCAAAAAUGAGAUUCAUAAAAAAACCGUUGUGCAAAUCAAGGGUGAAGGGCUUGGAAGGUCUGAUAAGCCGGACUGGUGCAAUAAGAAAGUGAAGUCAGGGAACUCAAGAUGGCUUUGUGACAGGUGCUAUCAAGAAUUUGAAGAGUGUAGUUACAGAUAUCUUCUUCAAGUUCAGAUACAGGAUCAUACUGGUUUAACAUGGGUGACUGCAUUUCAGGAAUCCGAGGAAGAAAUCUUAGGCUGUUCAGCGAAGGAGUUGUACUUGAUAAAAUAUGAAGAGCUUAAAAUCAAAGAGGAGAUUUAUGGUGAUGAACAGAGGGUGAAGAUGACUGUUGUCAAGGCAGAUAAAGCGAACUAUUCAGUCGAGAGUAGAUUAAUGCUCGACUUGAUUCCGAAAUUUCACUCCCAUUGA